AUGUCUGACUUUCUUUGCCCAUGUCAUGGCCGCCUCUUUAUACUGGGAGACUCUGAACCAUUGUUUGUCACCGAGGAGCUGCAUGUCGCCUCUGGGGUUUCUCAGGGCUCGCCUAAGGCAUCGUCAGCGUACGAUACACCGCAACCAGCUUCUGCUGGCUCUCAUGUUACGCCUGCACCUCCUCGCUGUGAGGAAAAGCACGUUGUCCUCGCAUGCCUGUUGCACGUAUACACCGCCCCCGUUGAACACAAGACUAUUUGUGAGCUGUUUGGCAUGCCACCCACGACACUUUCGCGAGUGCUGCUCAAUGCCGAAUGCGCUCUUCUCAGGGCACUCAAGUCCAUACCCGAAGCCUCGAUCCGCUUUCCCGACCAUGCGACGCAGAUUGAUUAG